AGAUAAACGAAAUGCCCACGUGGUUUUGCGAGGCAAGUUAUCUCGAGCAAUAAGUGGCAGACGUAGAGGUAGUGGCCGGCACUAAAACGUCCAAGUUUCUAAUGUUUUCCUAGCCUUAAUCUCAAACAUGAAGCCGAACGAGCUACUUAUUUUUCAACUCCUCGCGGUCCUUUCUCUGGCUCAGGCCGUGCGGCAGAAGUUCCCCAUCCAGUGCUUCCAGUGCAGCUGGGACGCGGAGGUGGAGAUGGACGAGGAGCGACGCGACCAUCUCGAAAAGCAGAUGAAGAAGAUCGAGGACCCCGAAGGCCUGCAGGGACCUCUGAAGCCUCCCUUCUUGGGCAUCAACAACUUCGCGGAAAUGCCGUCAAGGGACCAGCUGGCGCUGCAGUGUAAAAACUGCACCAAGGUGGACGGCACCUGCGCUCGAUGGACCUACUACACCAACGAGCAACCCCGAAACGUGACGUGGCUGUGCGUGAACUCCGUGGAAGUGGGCUGCUUUGUGGAGAAGCUUCCCAACCAACUCAGGAAAGAAGUCUGUCUGUGCAAGGACCAGGACUAUUGCAACGGAGCUGGAACACUUCUGCCGCCCGCGCAGCUUCUUCUGGCGAUGUUUCUACUGCUGGGACUUGUUGCGGCAGCACGUUGACACGUCCCAUGGGGCCAUUUUACGACAACGCAUCGAUUCUACCAAAUUGAACACCCUAACAAACGUACCCGUAGCACGACAGUAGUCACUGACAAAAUGAAAACGGCAGGGAUGUCCUUCGAGUGUUCGGCCUCCAGCGUGAGCUUUCAGCCUUCAAUAACGCUUCAGCACUUUGGGAGACAAGAGCGUUCAAGAGUAGCCAAAACACUGCGGAAGACAGCGAGCGCACGCUGAAGGACGGGCGUUCACAAAGAGACGAACUGCUUUUUUUUUUUUUACAGCGAAGAUGUUUAUGGCUAGGGUUUCGUGGAUUUUUCGUGUGCCUGAGCAAACACUUUACGCUUGUUCCGCCGCACGCGCCGUACGCGCACGCCUUCCCCGUAUAAAACGUUCGAACUAAAUACCCAAAAUAAAGCGUUGACGGACGCGCGUGCAAGAUACCAUUUCUUUAAGGAUUUUACUUUAGAACAGUUACUGCUGCAUACGCCGACACGUGCAGCACGUCGAACAUUAUUCCCUGCAUUACCCUAGAUGUUUCGGUAGUUUAUCAAUAAGUCUAUUGAGUAGAUUAUUUAUCAAAAGGCACCAUUUUCAAGAUCAGUAGACUCUCGGGUAGAUAAUUAAGGUUUCUCGAAGAUUGCCUCUGUGCGACCCGCGUCGGCCAUGUCUAAGAUCGCACCGCCAUAUCUUUGUCGUCGUUCCAAGCGCUUGCGCGCUUAAUUUCCUCUCCUUCCGCUCUCCCGGCGUGGCGGUCCCGUUGCGCGUGUCUACUUUCCGCCGGGUGGUAGUCCCGUCGCGCGUGUCUAGUUCCCUCCGGCUUUUCUGGGCGGGUCUGUGUCGUGUGCUAAACAGCUUCGCUGGUCAUCCAGCUUCACAAAGUGGAAUGGCUCAUAAUUUUGUGUUUCCAUUUUCUCAGUGACUAUAGGUGGACCUUGUGUCUUUUACGAACGCCUGAUAGUCCAUGGAGUAACUGAAAUACAAACGAUGCGCAACGGUACAAAACAACGCCGCUGAUUCUCGAACCGAUGCAAGUGGUUGAUAUCUUUUCACUCGAGCUAUGGUACCUAAAAAGCGUCUGCGACUGGUGUGUUUAGUGCGUCAAAAUGAUUGUUCCUCGAUUUUCGCCUGGUGAUGCAAUUCCAGUGUCAUGCUGUCGCCAAACCCGACCCUGGUGAUGUCCCAGUACCGGUGGCAGGCGUUGCAGACGCCUCUUAGCUGCAGGUCGCUCUUUAGCUUGAACGACCGCGACUGUCCACGGAAGUUUCGGCAGCCAAGAGUUCGGACGCCGCGACGACAGGGAUACUUGCGUUUGUUCGUGCUUUUUUACUGGAACUAAAUUUUUACGGUUAAACACCGGUAUCGCAACAUCUGACAGCGUGACUUCCGGUCUUUUGCGUCGUCAUUUGUUCCUACUUCGCGGAACCAGUUUCGGAACACGGGCGGAAUGGGACGCUAAACACACCAGGAUGAAAAGCGUUUCAGGCACCGCAGUUGAACGUAGCGUUGCAAUCAGAAACACAUCAGGUCAAAAUAAUGGCAGGCUUUUCAUACAAGUGGCGCUUUGAAACGUUGUUGUUUGCUAUAUGCGGCAAGCAAAUCAACGACGCACGCGUCUGUCCAACCAAUGAGAUGCAUUAGAAAAGUCCGUUUUUUUUUCUGUUUUUUUUUUUUUUUUGUAACUUGGGUGUGUUUCCUUAGAACCGGGGACCCAACGGAUUGAUAUAUGAAAGCGAUACGAAGGAAAAACAAAUAGAUUGCUUUUCUCUUCGAACUUUCUUGACUGAAAUCGAUCCUCCUUUGAGAUUUGGAUCCGUGUAUAUUAAACGGUGGGAGAGGGAGUCUACGGGGGAGUCACUACCGCAUACGCUUGAAGUGCCAGUCCUGCAAGGAGCAAAUUAUGUUACGUUGAGGAAAUGCGCGAAGCAACAAAAAAAAUAUGCUGCAAACAAGUCAAAUGAUUUUCAAGAAAGAGAGGAAACUUAAACCGCUGUAAUUAUAAAAUCUGUUUAAAACAAUAAUGCAGAUAAUUUAGGGGAUGUUAUACAUAUUAAAGCCCUAAUUUUAAAGUAUUUUGACAGUAUUGCGUAGUGUGUGUGCGAAACCUUGAUCAUAUAGGUAGUUCUCUCAAUUUCGAAACAAUCUAUUGAUUCGUUAACUGGGGUGCAGUUGCUUCGUUAAAAAAAAUGCCUAGCCUUUAAGAAAUUUACAUAUGUCAUUCACCUUUAUUAAGGUACAAGUGAUAGUAAUGUGAACUAUUUAUAUUCAUCCUAUUCAUAAUUGCAGGAAACAAGUGUUUAAUAGCUUGACAUUCUACAGACGUAUUGUGAUAAUUUCUUUUAAAAUAAGUUUAUUUUAUAGUUGGGCAGUCGCUCACCACAGAAGCUUUACAAGGAUUACUUGUGUACAAUUCAGUGACCAGUGACCCACAAUCCGUAUCAACAAGAAAAGUAAUUUAAAGCAAACAAUUUAAAACGUCAACUAUAUUUUUUUAGAAGUUUGUGGCUCGUUUGAUGUGACGGCCUUUCAAUGAGUGAUGCGAUUUAAAUAAAGUUAUUUUAUAUAUGUUUA